AUGGGCAAAAGCAAGACCACCAAACUCAAGUCUCCACCAAAAGCAGUCCCAACCGUGCGUGGGAGGAUCAACAAGAAGCUCCCCACCGAGCCUAAAAACAAGAGAAGGGACAAAGUGACGGACACUGAGGAGGAGGAAUCAGAGAGCGACACAGGAAGCUCAGCGGAGGUGUCGUACGAGGAAACUAGCAAUGAUGAGAAAGAGGAGGAGCGGGGAAGUAACAAAGAGCCAUCUGAGACACAUGGGAGUGAGGAGAGCAGUGAGGAGGAAGAGGCUGAGGCAUCAGAAACAGAACAGACGGCAAACGAGGACUCGGACAAGGAGCUUUCAGAGGAAGCCAAAUCUAGAAGUGAAGCAGUCACGUCCAGUGAAGAGGAAGAGGUAAACGAGAAGGCAGUCAGCAGUGAUGUGAGUGAAGACGAGGUGAUAUCCCAGGACACUUUUGAAAAGCCAACGGCUGAUAAAGCCUGCAGAAGACGCAGACAGACUCCACGUGCCUCGGAGCCUAGACAAGGACGGAAAUACAAGAUGUUUAAAAAAACAAAGGCAGAUAAGCAGGCGGAGAAGGCAGAGAAACAGAAAGCCAAAGCAGAGAAGCAGAGGUUAGAAAAGGAAGCCAAACAAAAAGCCAAGGAAGAAAAGAAGAACAGAAAAAAAAUACAAAAAGAGGACAAAUCCAGUUCUGCAACAGAGGAGAUUCAACCACCAAAAGAUCUUUCUAUUAAAAAGGUUGACACAGUAAAAGGCAAGACCCAAACAAAAAACAUCAAUGAGAAAGAUGAUCCUGUAGAAGCUGAUCCAGAUGUCGAAGAGGAGGAGGCUGAACCAACGUUGACCAAAGCCAUCAAAGGCCAAAACCGAAUUAUGCUUCUCAAAGCCAAAGGUAAAGACCUCAAAGCCAUUCUGGAGCCUGAGGAGCAGCAGGACGCUGGAAGUGUCGUCAAAGUGCGGCCACAGAGGUUGCUGUUGGGGAAGGUCAAGAUGGCAUCGCUCCGGCAGAAAGCAAAUAAGGUGUUAGCGAAGCCUGACGAGGAAACAUCAGAGAGCGAGGCCAUUGAUGGGGGGUCCAGCAAACCCAAGGAACAUUUGAUUGCACGGAGAAAAGGUAUGACUGGUUGGAUUCAGAAAAACAUGCCGCAUGGGUUGAACAUGAGAAAGAAGCUUUCUGCCUGGACUAAAGCCAUUGGGGUAUCCCACUGGCUAUCCUUCCGGAAGAUACAGCAGAAGCAAGGCCUCAGAAAAUCUAAGGGUAAUAUCCUCAAACAUAGGAUGGCUAUGAGAUUGGCCAGUAAAACCAGCCUUACAAGUAAGAAAAAUAGGGGCCCCUCUGCGGACAAAAUGGUUCAAGAGAAUGCCAGCCUUCAGGGAAAGAUGGGGGAGGGAGGGGAGGAAGCGGGCCCAGCUGGGGAGAAAGAAGUAGAGUCCAAAUACGCUGUGGUACUCCCCAGGAUGAACAAACUGGGCAAGGCAAAGAUGGCCAAGGUUCCCCAGGCAGCUCCUGGACCUUCUACUCCAUCAAGUACCACUGGACCAACAGGAGAACUCACCACAUCACAGCCAAAAACCCCUAAACCAGGUGCCAGGCUUGUGCUCCCCAUCAAACCAGAUCUCAGCCUCCUGAAGUCCAUCAAGAAGUCCUUGCCAGGGGGGUUAACAUUAGGUGCAGACGUGGCAGAGAGGAGCCCUGAGUCCAGUGGUCCACCGGAGGGAUCGUCCAGCAUUGAGGAGAGAAAGAGGAGAGCUGCCCUCGACAAUCAAGAUGGAGUCAGUGUGCUGCAGGCUGCAAGAGGGAAAUUUAACCCCUCCCAGAUCAACCUGACCAAGAUGUCCUUGUUGGGGAAAACAAUAAGUGGUGGGGUGACUCGAACCAAGGGACCAGACCCAGAGAGAGAGGCUGCAACUGGGAUACCCAAGUCCACCACUCAGCCCUUCCCAAAUGGGGAGGCAAGUGCUGUGAUGUCAGGUGUCCGGUCCUUGUAUGAAGAAGAGGCAGACAGGGAAGUAGCCCAGCUGAUGGGUGAGGGGGGGAUAUAUACGAUCCCCCAACCAGAGGUGCACUGGGCUGGUAACCCACGGAUGAGUGGAGACCCUCAGGACUGGCUGCGUGCAGAGAACCUGUUGCCCCACCAGACAGUGGAGAAGCUAACCAAGUGGACAGUCUAUGAUGAUGGGGGCCAGGCCAGGACCAUUCCUGCCCACAAUGGCAGGGGCCCCUGGGAAUCAGAAGACCCCACCCAGGAGAUGCUGGAGAGUCGACUGGUCAGCACACAGGUGGUGAUGCCUGGCUGCAAAAGAACCAUAGAGGUGGAUGAGGUGGAGGAUCUCUCCCAGCUGGAAGAGGUGUGCGAGAGCUCUGUGCUGCUGAAUCUGAAGAAGAGGUUCCACCGUGACUGUAUUUAUACUUACAUUGGAAACAUGCUGCUGUCCAUUAACCCCUUCAAACCCCUUAACAUCUACACGGAGGAGCUGAGGCAGAAAUACCAGGGCACAGAGCAGCAUAGAAACCCACCCCAUGUGUACGCCAUAGCCGACGCCGCUUUCAGUCAGUCUCAAGCCUCCACACAGGAGCAGUGCAUCAUCAUAAGUGGCCAGAGUGGAUCAGGGAAGACUGAGGCUACCAAGCUAAUAGUCCACUACCUGAGCUCUAUGUAUCAGGGCAGAAACGGCAACCUACGACAGCCCAUGGAGGUCUUUCCCAUCCUGGAGAGUUUCGGGAAUGCCAAGACCAUCCUCAACAAUAACUCCAGCCGCUUUGGCAAGUUCCUCCACAUCCACAUCCUCCACGGGGUUGUUGUAGGGACCUCGUUGUCCAAAUAUCUCCUUGAGAAGUCCAGGGUUGUCUUUCAGGCCAAUGAGGAGAGGAACUACCAUGUGUUCUAUGAGCUGCUGGCAGGUAUGAAUGACUGGGACAAAGAGGAGCUCUACCUGCAAGGAGCCGAGACCUAUUACUACCUAAACCAAGGUGGUGCCUGUGACCUGAAGUUUAAGCAGGACAAGCAGGACUUCCAGUUAUUGGUUCAGUGCUUUGAGACCAUCGGUCUGCAUGCUGACCAGAUCUCCACGGUCUGGGCCAUCCUCUCCUCCAUCCUGCAGCUCGGCAACAUCUGCUUCAGCUCAUACGAGAGCGAGUCGUUUGAGGUGGCACGUAUCUUCAGCGAGGCCGAGGCCAGGAGGGUCGGCUCCUUGCUGCAGAUUUCCUCCGAGGCUCUGCAGACCGUCAUCACUCACAGAGUCACGGAGACAACCUACGACAGGAUAUACUGCCCUCUGUCUGUGGAAAGUGCCAUAGAAUACAGAGAUGCCAUUGCCAAAGCCUUGUAUUCAGUGCUGUUUGACUGGUUGUUGGAGCAGACCAAUGACUGGCUGAGCCCCACAGAGAUGGACAGCACUGUGGGCAUAGUCGACAUCUACGGCUUUGAGGACCUGGGAGUGAACAGCUUUGAGCAGCUGUGUAUCAACUUUGCCAAUGAGCAGCUGCAGCAUUUUGUCAAUAAGGCAGUAAUCUCCCAGGAGCAGGAGGAGUACAGUACAGAACAGAUCCAGUGGUAUCCGAUGCCACUCAAGAACUUCCACUCCUGUCUGGAGCUGAUCUCCUCCAGACCACACGGCAUCCUCCGCAUACUGGACGAUCAGACCUGCCUCCCCCAGGCCACUGACCACACCUUCCUCCAGAAAUGCCACUACCACCAUGGGAACAGCCCCUACUAUGCCAAGCCCAAGAACCCACUGCCAGUCUUCACUGUCUAUCACUAUGCCGGAGCUGUCACUUAUCAGGUACAUAAUUUCCUGAAUAAGAACCAUGACCAGUUCCGGACAGAAGUGGUAGAGCUUUUUGCCAGAAGUCGCUUAAAGAUGGUGUCAGAGCUGUUCCGGAAGGUUCAGGACGCUUAUAUUCAGCAGAGAGAGCUGGGCUGGAGAGGGAAGGGCCUCCGCCAGCAGCCCUCUACCGCCGCCUCACACUUCCUUCAGUCCCUGACGGAGCUCACCACCCGCCUGGAGAGAUGCAAAACCAUUUAUAUUCGCUGUCUGAAGCCAAACUACGUCAAGCAUCCUGGGAUCUUUGACGUAGACUACAUGUCGGCCCAGCUGAGGCAUGCUGGGAUGCUGGAGACCAUCCACAUCAGGAAAGAGGGUUUCCCCAUACGGAUGCAAUACUCCUACUUCAUUGAGAGAUACGGGGUGCUCCUGAGCCAGCGUCUGAGCGAGGCGUCCGAGAGAGAGCAGUCGGUGGCUCUGCUGGACAUGGUUGGUGCAGAGGAGGGACAGUACCAGCUGGGACUCACCAAGCUGUUCCUCAAGGAGCUUCUGUACCAGCUGAUAGAGGAGAAGUGGAGCAGCACCCAGACCUGGGCUGCCAUCACCAUCCAGAGGAACAUCAGAGGCUUCCUCUGCAGGAGGAACUUCAGGUUCUUCAAACAGAAAGCCAUCGUCAUCCAGAGCCACAUACGAGGACACCAGGCCAGAAAGUACUACAAGCGUCUGAGGCAGUCCUUCACCCAGUUCUGGGCGGUGAUGAUGAUAACCAGGGACACCAUCAAGAGGCGCCAUUGGAAAAAGGAAUUUCAUGAGAAGAACAAAGUGAAGACAGUGACAAAGACUAAGUCUGUGUCUCCAGGAAUGGAUGUGGGGAUGUUGGAGAUCCCCGCUGAGCUGUCAGCCCGACUGUGCAGCGCAGCAGGACAUCAGCACGCUUCAGGGGUCACAGAGGUGGCACCUCCGCAGGUGAAGGCAGGGCACAAGCUCGCCCUGCCUCUGGAUAUAGACAGAUACCCCUUCUCUCGCUAUGCCAAGUCCAUAUUAAAGGAUACAUGGAGCCAGUCUCAGGGAUACCCCCUCCAGAUAUCCCUCACCCCUCUGGAGCCUGAAGAUGCCAGAACUGCCCUGGAGAUUUACAAACUGAUCUUGCGGUUUACGGGUGAGUCAGACCUCAGCGGCUGGCAGGAGCAGAUGCUGGGUAACUACAUAGUGGAGAGGGGUCAGAGCCGGCCAGCCUUGAGGGACGAGAUUCUCGCCCAGCUGGCUUAUCACACAUGGGGCCGGCACGAGGAGCAGGACAGUCUGAGGGGCUGGCUGCUGCUGGCUUGCUGCCUCAGUGCCUUCACCCCCUCACCAACACUGAACAAACCCCUACUCAAGUAUGUGUCUGACCACGGUCCAGGGGAGUACCGCUCGCUGUGCCAACACAAACUGCUGACAUCACUGCAGCUCCCAACUCCUGCUGCCCGCAUCUACCCCCCCACCUUGCUUGAGUGGACCACCAACCAGAGAAGAGGCACCAUGCUGCUGGACGUACACACCUUCAACGAUGAGAAGCUGACAACUGAGGUGGAGUCAUGGACCACAGGAGAGCAGCUCGCCUCAUGGCUCCUUCAUUUCAGAGGUGUGUCGGAGGCCAUGCAAGGCUGGUCGGUGUCUCUUCUGACCGAUGAAGGCUGGUCAGAUCUGGCUGGCUCGGACUUUGUCAUUGAUCUUCUGGCUGGAGCCGAAGCUGAAGUGCUGCCACCUCCAGGGACUCCCUCCUCUACAAACUCUGACUACCUGUUCAGCAGCCAGGGAGACAGGAUGCCGGCUACAGAUCUGGACGAGUUCAUUCCACCAGCGCCACCCAUGCAAGCUCCUGGGCUGCCUCCUUUCGAGGAAAGCCGCUGGGGAAGAGAUUAUCCACAGGAAGGUCGAGGUCGACAGAUGGAUGCCUACGUUGAUGACUUGUUUGACCCUGUACUGGACCAAGGACCUCCGGACAUGGAAAGAGUAGCCAUGCUAAACCGCAGGAUGAGAGGAGGAGGAGGGAUUGGACCCAUGUAUGGAACUGGUAUGCCCAUGACAAUGCCAAGCUAUACUAUGGGACAAGUGGUUAACCCUUCGAUGCCCAGCUAUGGUGUAACUCCCAUGAUGCCAACCAUGCCAACCAUGCCAGCCAUGAUGAUGCCUCCCAUGCCUGCCCCGCCUGUUGCUGACCCUAUGCAGAUGGCAGCAUCGCAGCAGGCCCUCAUCAACCAGCAGGCCUUUCUCAUGGCCCAGCAGAUGACCCUGCAGGCGAUGAGUCUGUCCCAGCAGCAGACGCAGGAGCAGCAGAGGAAGCAGAAGGAGCAGGAGACAAAGCAGCAGCGGUGGGAGGAGAAGCAGUGGAAGCGUCAGUCCGAGCGGCGGUCCUGGGAACGCUCACGCUCGCCCUCCCCUCCAUCUCCCUCGCCCCCACCUGCCCGGCCCAAAGCGCCUGCGCCUAAACGCACCUCCGGCUACAAGCAGCCUGAGCCAGAGCCAGAAAGAGAAGUGGACUCACCAGAACCUGAUGACCUGCAGUCUUUCAGAGAGAAGAAGGAAUACUUCCGGAAGAUUGGCUUUCAGCCCCGAGGUGGAUCUAAAGCCCAAAAUAUUCGUCCAGCCUCCUCCAGCCCACCCAGACAGCAGCAACGCUCCCCGCCAUCGCCACGUCUGUCACCCCCACCAGCACCACCUAAGCCCGCUGUGAAGCGUCUCCACACCACUCCUGCCAGAGUUGUGGACCCCCCACCAGCAGCACCGACCCCAGCUCCUCUCACUAAGUCCAAGCCCGAACCCACCUCCAACAUCCGGGAAAUCAUCAAAAUGUAUAACAGCCGACCCCAACCGGAAGCCAAACCCUUUGAGCCUGUCAGACCUCCUGUACGGCAUUUUUUAAAGAAGAAUGACCCCAAAGAGGAAGCUCUGGCCAAACUCAAAGACAAAGCACCAGUGCCACAACCGAAGAAACAGUGGAUCCCUCCACCAGUCGAGCGUAAGUGGGAGCCACCUCCUCCCAGGACCCCGUCCCCACAGGCCUCCUCUCCUCCCUCCACCAGGGGGCCCCGCGUCAUCUCCAGCAACAUGAGGCAGAAACAGCGCUCCCUGGAGGACGUGUUCGGCUCGCAGCGCUCCAAACACUCUUCGCCCACUCCCCCCGACUCCCCGCAGCCUCCCCCGCGCCCAGCGCCCAUCCUUCAGAGCAUCCCCGACCCGCCACCCAUGCCGGCCCCGUCUCUCAAUGUGAUGCCAGAUGAGGAAGGGAUUCGCUCCCAGCUCCACCGCUUCUCUGCUGGGGUUUACUUCUCUUACUCCAACAUGCCAGGAAAACUGUUCCUUCGAAAAGAAGUGUUUUACCCCAGAGAGAUGUUCAACCAGCCCUACAUCCUCAAUCUGUUGUGUGAACAGAUCAUGAGGGACACCUACUCUGACAGCUGUGUGAGGAUCAGCAGAGAGGAGAGGAGGAAGAUGAAGGACCUGCUGGCAAAUUUCAGUGUGGGAAUGACUAUAAGCACCAUCCAGAAUGACGGCAUGAAGAAGAGGAUUGUCAUUGCUGCUCGAGACAACUGGGAAAACUACUUCAUCCGUCUGUUCCCUGUGAAGUCGGACAGUGGGGAUGCUCAGGUUUUGGGCGUGUCUCAUCGGGGCAUUCGUCUACUGAAGAUGGUCAGAGCAUCAGGCAUCAACCCCAAACACCUCCGUCUGCUCAUAAGCUACAGUUUUUCAGAGUUGCUGUCAGUUGACCUCCAGGGUGCAGACAGAGUGGAACUGGAGCUGUCAAGUGAAAAGUUGGUGAUGCAAUCAUCCAGAGCUCCUCGGAUAACUGCCAUGAUCCGGUUCUUCCUCCAGGAGCUCAUCAAGGACUCAGGCCAUGUGGUUGCCCUAAGGAGUUUUGUAACAGAUGACAAGAGUCUGCUUAGCUUCAGCAAGGGUGACACCAUCAAACUGCUGCCAAUGGAAGGACUCCAGAUAGGCUGGCGUUUUGGCACCAUGAGAGGGCGCUCUGGUCUUUUCCCGGAUGACCUCACCCAGCCAUCCGCGGCCCCGGACUACCACUCUCUGCACCUUGACCGAAGAGAUGACAGGAGGAAAAGCAUGAGGGGCGCUACACCUGCCGGUCCCCCCAAGGGCCAGUCUCCAGGUCCUAUCAGCAGACGGAUGGGCAGCGUUGAUUCAGAACUGCUCGGUAAAGAGGUUUCGGUCUGGAGAUCCUUCCAGAGCUCAAUCCAGGGCUCAUUCCAUGAGCUGGAGAUCCUCUCGGGCAUGGCUGACUUUGCCAUGAAGUAUUUCCGAGUGGGGACUACAGGUCUGCCAGCAAGUGGAAGGAAUUUUGCAGAGGCGGUUCAACACACAGAAGUUCCCAUACAGGAGUCCCUCAUUCUCUACAAUGAUCCUGAAAUCAAUGAGUUGUCUGUCCAGUGCUUCAUGAACCUGAUGCAGUUCAUGGGUGACAUGCCAAUGACGAAGAGUAACACCCAGACAGACUGCUUGAGCCACAUUUUACUGUUAGGGAAGGAAAGGGAGCUGAUGAGAGAUGAGAUAUACUGCCAGGUCAUCAAGCAAACCACCAACAACCCAACUAAGUCUAUCUGCACCCUUGGCUGGCGGCUGCUCAACCUGAUGAGCGGGUUCUUCCCCUGCUCUGGUACUCUGCAGCCGUACGUCACACGUCACCUACACGACAUCUCUCUGGACUACGAGCACCCAUACCAAGAGCUGGCGAGCGUGUGUCAGGAUAACAUCCAGCGAUCUCUCAGAUUUGGCGGCCGCCGUAACAUCUCCUCACACGCUGAGAUGGAGGCCAUUCUGGCUGGCAAAACGUCUCGACGUAUUCCCAUCCAGCUACCAGGAGGAGUGGAUUUCCCCAUCAGGAUACGCAGCUUCAGUAUGGCAGCAGAUGUGGUAACAGAGUUCUGUAAAGAGAUGGGCAUCUCAGAUCUCACAGAAAUCAAAGAGUUCUCCAUCCUUGCCAACCAAUAUCAGGAUGGGAUGGUGCGUCCCCUCCACGCCGAGGAGUAUCUGUUCGACUUCCUGCUGGACGACGACUCCAUCUUCUUUUCCCUGAGACGACUGAUGUGGAGGAUCCCUCUGUCCUACAACAGUGACCUCUAUGUGGAGUUCCACUAUCAGCAGCUCCUGGCCGACUACCUCAGUGGGCAGCUGAUGCUUGCUCUGGCUGCAGGUGGUCCCUCAUCAGUCCAGCAGAUAGCAGAGCUGUCAGCCCUGCAGCAUCUGGCUCAGGGACUGAUGGGUCAGCCCUCACUGCCAGAGAUGAAGGAGUACCUGCCGUCACAGGAUGGACUCAACAGCAAAGCUGAAGAGAUCCACUCCUUCUUUCUGGGCCAGAUAGCUGCAAUGCACUCCCUCAGCCCUCAAGAUGCCAAAAUACAAUUCAUUGAGAUUCUGAGCACCAUGCCUCUGUUUGGCUCCAACACUUACUUGGCCCAGAAGGUUAGUCAGCGUGGCUGUCCCUCCCCGUGCAUGAUCAGCAUCAGCCAGGAGGGGGUGCUGUUCCUCCAUCCCAAAACACAGGAGCAAGCGUUUCUGAUUCCCCUGGCAGACGUGCAGUCCAUGCGCACCGUCCGCCCCAAGAAACGAGGCAAAGUGCCAGCUGUGGACAUCAAUUACAACAACCUGGGCCGACCCAAGAAAGUCACCAUUCAUCUCAAACAGGCUAAGGAGUUGUGCCACACCCUUGCUAUGAUAAUGGAAGAGUUGAUCCGACCGUCUGUCAGCAGCUCCAUUUCAAAUCGCCAGUAGACACACACACACACACACGCACACACCAACACACACACACACACACACACACACACACACACAGACACAGUAUUGAGAGUUGUUGUUAAUCACUGACUUUUUGUGUUUAACCUUUUUUUUGUUAAUUUAUCUUUUUUUUCUGUGUAACUAAAUGGACAGUGUGUCAUUGGUGAAAUGGACUGAAUAGAAACUGUUGAAAUAGGAAAUUGUGCACUGCUCUGAUCAGAGAACACCAGAGCAGUACAGGAGGGAUUAGAGUCAUUCACCAAUUAUUCCAUCAAUAAACCUUAAAAGCCUUGAAAAUUAUUCCUUUUGCGAGGUAAAAUCCUGAGACGUAAUUGUUGAAAUGCAGCGUUCGUUAAUCAUUAUUGGAAGUUAAUUUUGUGAUGGUGUCAUGUAAUACAGGUGGGGCAUUAAAGAAAUAUGUUGAUUUAUUCAAUGUUAUUUGUUUAUUAUGUAUUAAAUAUAUUUUCUUUCAA